AUGGGAUGUAUUCAAAAUAAAGGGCCAAGCGCAGAAAUUACUAUAAUUAUAUUGAGUCCUCCUCUUUGCGAUUCGCCUUCAAAUGAAUUUACUCUUAAACCAUAUCACAACGACUAAUUUCCUGCUGCUCGUUUGCCUACUAAUACAUCAGUUCAUUGCUUUCAUACACAAUUCAUCUAAUAAAAAGGGUUGGCUUGGUCGAAAAAGUGCAAAACAGUGAUAGAUAAACAAGAAUUAUAUUAUAAACAACCCUCUAAUAGCUGUCCAUACUUCUGA